AUGGGAAGCUACUAUCGGCCCUGUGUAGGCUCUCUGCUGGUGUCCGCUGUCUUCAUUCUGUGUCACUUCGAGUCGCCCGGAGCGGUGGCCAGUCGCGUGUACGCUACCCUGCACCAUCCGGAACGGUUCAACGAGCAGCUGAUCGCCUACAAAGGCCAGCGCCAGUCGAGCUACUACGAGAUCGCCAGCGAAGGGUACUACACCGGGGCAUUCCAGGACACCGCCGGGGACAAUGAGACGUGCGCCGCGUGUGACGCACCGGUCCGUGAACGGCGACGCGUUGAUCCGACCUUCUACGGGCACCCGAAAACCCGGGAGCAAAUCUGGGAGCGCAACUUUGCCCACGUCCUGAUGGAUAACCGGCAAACGUUGUCCCUGGUCGCCCUGCUGAACCGGAUCAUCCUGAAGUACCUGUUCAACUGCAUUCCGAUCGUACUGUACGACACGUACGUGGGCAGCACCGAGAACUACAUCCUCGAGGCGCUCUUCAGUGGCUUCCCGACAACGUACGUGACGGGGCGGAUUGGGCCCAACUACACGCUCGAGAACCCGGAGAUCCUGCAGCCGUCGGGGUCGAACUGCCGCAGCUACAUCAUCUUCCUGGCGGACGUCAUGAUGACGCGUCGGGUGAUCGGUCCGCAGCUGACGAGCCAAGUCGUCCUAAUACCACGCUCGAGCCAGUGGAAACUCCAGGAGUUCCUGGCCGCCAAACAGUCACGCGACAUCAUCAACCUGCUCGUUAUCGGCGAGUCGUACUCGGUGGACAAGCGCAUCAACAACGAACAACCGUACGUCCUGUACACACACGAACUGUACGUCGACGGGUUGGGUGCGAACCAGCCCCGUGUGCUGACCUCAUGGAUCGGCAAUCGGUUCUCGCGGAACAACGUCAAUCUGUUCCCGCGCAAGCUGCGCCGUGGGUUCUCCGGCCACCGGUACACGGUGAUGGCUGCCCACCAGCCGCCGUUUGUGAUCAAGAAACUGACGACCGACGGCGUGGGCAACGUGAACAUCCGCUGGGAGGGCGUUGAAGUUCGGAUCCUAAACACCCUUUCGCAGUACCUCAACUUUACGUACGACAUCGUGGAACCGUCGAAGCCACAGAUGGGCUCCGGGGAUGCGGUGGUGGACGAGAUCCAGCGGCGGCAAGCCGACCUCGGGCUGGCGGGCAUCUACGUGUCGAUCGAGCGCAACAUUGCCACCGAAAUGUCCGUUGCGCACUCCAGUGAUUGUGCCGCCUUCCUGACACUGAUGUCUAGCGCUUUGCCCAGAUACCGAGCGAUACUCGGACCGUUCCAGUGGCCCGUCUGGGUGGCGAUCAUCUUCAUCUACCUGAUGGCGAUCUUUCCGCUCGCGUUCUCGGACAAGAUGACGCUGCGCCAUCUGCUCGGCAACUGGAGCGAAAUCGAGAACAUGUUCUGGUACGUGUUUGGCACUUUCACAAACAGCCUCACUUUCCAGGGCACGAACUCGUGGAGCAACUCGCGGAAGGCCUCCACGCGCAUGCUGAUCGGUAUCUAUUGGUUGUUUACGAUCAUCAUAACGGCCUGCUACACGGGUUCGAUCAUCGCCUUCAUCACGCUGCCCGUCAAGCCGGAACGGGUGGACAGUGUGCAGCAGCUGCACCGGGGCUUCUACCGAGUCGGUACACUCGAUCGUGGUGGUUGGGAGCGCUGGUUCCUCAACUCGAGCCACAAGGACACCAACAAGCUGCUGAAGGACCUCCGGUUCGUGAGCAGCGUCGACGAGGGCGUCCGGAACGUGACCGAUGCGUUCCUCAUCUCGUACGCCUUCAUCGGUUCGAAGGAGGAGCUCCAGUUCAGGAUCAACUCGAACCUCUCACACCGGUUCGUCAACAAACGCUACGGGCUGCACGUAAGCCGCGAGUGCUUCGCCCUGUACGGCGUGUCGCUCGUCUUUCCGAUGCACUCCAUCUACCGCGAUCCGUUCAACAAUGCGAUCCUGUACAUGCAAGAGGCCGGCAUCGUCAAGAAGCUGAAAAAGGACGUCCUGUGGAACACGGUUCGCACGAAGGACGGGCGGUUCCGGGAGGCAUCCGUUGGCGAAUCGCUGCGUGGCCCAGCACCGGAAGAGCGAGGUCUAACGCUGGCCGACACCGAAGGUAUGUUUCUGCUGAUGCUUUUCGGGUACGUCGUGGCGCUGGCCGUGCUCAUCUCCGAGUGGGUCGGUGGCUGCACGAACCGCUGUCGGGAGAUCAUGCAGGAACGGGCCGAACGCCGGAAGGAGGCAGCGGACGAACUAGCCGCCGCCGCCGCCGCAGCGUCCUCCGCCGGUGGGUCAGCCUGUUCGUCGGUGAACCUGGGCGGAUCCCGCAAGCGCUUGCUAACCGGCAACGGCCGGGAGUGCCCACCGGUGGGCGAUGCCACGACGCCCAGUGGGACCUCGGAGCACAACAGUCUGUGUGAUGCUCUGUCGGAUGUCAGUGCAACCACCAUGCAGGAUCUGUUCGAUGGGCCCGAUCGGCGCCACUCGACCAUCGUGUACCUCGAUGGGGAGCUAAUGUCCGAGAAGGAAGCCCAACGAGUGGUGGCCCGCAAAGCGAAACAUCGCCACAGCCUCAGCUCGGUUAUGGAGCGCCAGGUAGGGCAGAUGUUCAACCGACAGACCCUCGUACCGGCCGGGCCCAGCAGGGUGGAGGUGGCGGUCGAAGUCAAUGUGUCUGCGCCGGACGACCCGCCGCACGGCCCGCACGAAUCGCACCCGAAAGGGGGCCGCGGCAGUAUCGAAGGGUCGUUCGGUGAGCGGCUAUUUAUGAACUAG